GCUUCACGAAAAACAAAGCUAUAAGUUAAUCUCUACCCUCAUUGUUUUCGUGAGCCAAAUCUAUCAGAAUUUCUAGGUUUUCUGAAUCCGAAUUAGGGUUUUCGUUUUGAAAUUUCUCGUCGCCAUCUCAAAAUUUCCAAUUUUUAGGUUUUGAUUUGGAGGUUAAAAAAAAAGGGAUUUUCGGAGGAGGUCGUAGAUUUUGUUAAAUCUAAAUCGAGUAUUGUGCAACUGAAUGAGCUAAUGGAGUCUAAGGGUGGUAAAAAGAAGUCUAGCAGUAGUAAAUCCUCAUUAUUUUACGAAGCUCCUCUCGGUUACAGCAUUGAAGACGUCAGGCCUCACGGUGGAAUCAAGAAAUUCAGAUCAGCUGCUUACUCUAACUGCGUGCGAAAGCCAUCCUGAGUUUUGCUAAGAGUUCACAUAGCCCCUUGAGAUCGUUAAUACUGCAUUCUAGAUUUAGUAUAGUUCUCUGCCUUACUUCUCUCAAUCUUCUCUCGUCUUCCUCUCGUUCUCCUUUCAUCUGCUGUUGCAACGUCGUUUAGUUUGAUAAUUCGAGAUGGCUGUACCGGUUUCUGCAAUUGGAUUCGAAGGAUAUGAAAAGAGGCUCGAGGUCUGUUUCUUCGAGCCCGGACUGUUUGCUGACCCUAAAGGCAUGGGCCUCCGCUCAUUGUCAAGAGCUCAAAUCAACGAGAUUCUGAACCCAGCUGAGUGCACCAUUGUUUCAUCCCUGUUGAAUGAUGAUCUGGACUCGUAUGUCCUUUCGGAAUCUAGCCUUUUUGUGUACCCAUACAAGGUUAUCAUUAAAACUUGUGGGACAACAAAAUUGCUUCGCUCAAUUCCUGCCAUUCUUAAGUUGGCCGAGACCCUCUCACUCGCUGUGAGAUCUGUGAGGUACUCUCGUGGGAGCUUCAUAUUUCCUGGUGCUCAGCCUUCCCCGCAUCGUAGCUUCUCAGAGGAAGUAGCUGUCCUUGAUGGCCAUUUCAGCAAGCUUGGGUUGGCAAGCAGAGCCUACAUUAUGGGUAGCCCUGACAAUUCUCAGAAAUGGCAUGUUUACUCUGCCUCAGCUGAAUUGGCUAGUUUAUUCUGGGGAACACGCUCCUCAGGCCCUACCUACACUCUUGAGAUGUGCAUGACUGGCUUGGAUAGGAAGAAGGCAUCUGUGUUUUACAAGACAAAUGCUAGUUCAGCUGCCAUAAUGACUGAAGAUUCUGGCAUCAGGAAAAUUCUCCCGAAAUCUGAAAUAUGCGAUUUUGAGUUUGAUCCUUGCGGCUACUCUAUGAACUCUAUUGAAGGGGAUGCAGUUUCUACCAUUCAUGUGACACCUGAGGAUGGUUUCAGCUACGCUAGCUUUGAAACAGUGGGCUACAACUUCAAGGAUGUCAACUUGACUCGUCUCAUUGAGAGGGUUCUGGACUGUUUCAAACCAGCUGAGUUCUCUGUGUCUCUGCAUUCCACCAUUGCUGCCAGUGAAGAACUUGAGUUCCCUCUGGAAUUGAGCGGAUAUUGUUGCGGAUCAACAAGCUAUGAAGAGCUGGGUCUAGGAGGUGCAGUCAUCUAUCACAGCUUUAACAAGGACGGAGGUUCUCAAUCUCCAAGGUCAAUUCUGAAAUGCUGCUGGAGCGAGGACGAGAAGGACGAGGAAGUUGAAGAGAGUUUGAGCAUGAAGAACUAGUGUGUUUCCUUUUCAUAGUAAUGAAUAAAAUAUUUGUCACGGGGGGUUUUAUGAAUUAUGAUAAUGUAGUAGGGUAUUAGUAUUUUCUUUUGUGAAUAAAAAUGGAUCUUGCAUGAUCCAUUGUCCUCGACUGAGUUGAGCCUGUUUUAAGAAUUUUUUUUUUCAUGAAUCAGUUUCUUGUGUUAAUGGUAUUGUGAUCUAUUGGAGAUGCAAUUCUGCA